AUGGGUGUCACCAUCACGCUGAUUUCUAAAUUGUUUGGAUUAAUGUGUGUGUAUGCCGGCAUCCGGUCCGUGUCGACCGACGACGGAUACGGCACGGAGUGGCUCAGCUACUACGACGAGAACGGAACCGAGUGCACGAUGAACUUCUCCGCGCUGCCGGACGAUUCCGACGGCUGGAUAUACGGACGCGUAUAUUUUUACCUCUACACCAGGAACAACCCAAAUGAUCCGGAAACCUUGCAACCAGAAAUAAAUGGUCAAAUGACGAGCCAGUAUUUCGACCCCUCAAGAGAUACCAAAGCAUUGACACAUGGUUGGCUGGGUAGCGGCAAUAAUACUUGGAUACAGAUUCAAAAGACAUAUUUCAUAGACGGAGCCGAUUUGAACGUGAUAGUAGUGGAUUGGUAUGAGCUGGCACGAAACCCUAAUUACGUGUGGGCUGCGUUGUCCACGCGGUACGUGGGUAAGCGGCUGGCGAAGCUGCUCGACUCACUGGUCGACAACUUUAAUACGACGGGAGAACAAAUGCAUUUGAUUGGACACAGCUUGGGAGCGCAAGUCAUGGGAUACGCUGGCAUGUUUUUCUGUAAAAAUGUAUUUAGAAUUACCGGGCUAGACCCCGCUCGACCGCUGUUCGAAUUACCCCCAAUGCCUGACGAAUACCGUCUGGACAGAACUGACGCCAUGUUCGUGGACAUCAUCCACACGGAUGGUGGCUUCUACGGGUACAGUGAGAGCCACGGGCAGGCGGACUUUUACCCCAACGGGGGAACAUCCCCGCAACCGGGGUGCGAGGGAGAGGAUCUGGGACACGUAGAUUCUUGCAGCCACAGUAGGGCGCACGAGUUUUUCGGAGAAUCGAUUCAAGGCGGUGUACCGUUCACGUCCUACCUGUGCGACAACUACCAAGGCUUCCAGAAUGGAGAGUGCAAGACUAACACCUCCAGCAUGGGCGAGCCAGCCAAACCCAACGCCGAAGGGAACUACUAUCUGCAUACGAAAAACGAGUCUUUGUACGCAUUGGGAGACGAAUUCUAGAAAAC